AUGAACGACGACGUCUGCCGGCCGCUGGGCAUCGGGCCCCCGCCCCGGCCCGCGACCCCGGCCCGCGCCGAGCCUCUGGGCGCCGCGCCCUUCCUGCUGUGCCCGGGCGCCGCCCGGCCGCCCUACCGCGACGCCUACGCGCCCGCGUUCCCCGGCGCGCCCUUCCCGGGCGCCUUGGGCGCCUGCGACCGCCCCGUCGAGCCCGCCUUCACGCGGAAGCGCAACGAGCGCGAGCGCCAGCGCGUCCGCUGCGUCAACGAGGGCUACGCGCGCCUGCGCGGCCACCUGCCCGGCGCCCCGGCCGAGAAGCGGCUCAGCAAGGUGGAGACCCUGCGCACCGCCAUCCGCUACAUCAAGCACCUGCAGGAGCUGCUCGGCGCCGCCCCCGACGGCCCCGGGCCCCGCGAGCCCCGCGGGCCCCCCUCCCUGGCGCCCGGCGCGUCCGCGCCCUCCCGCCGUGCUUCCUCGCCCUUCCUCGAGUCGGAGGACUGCAGCCACUGACCGGGCUGGCGCCGCCCGGGCUCGGGGCGCUCAGGCGUGCGCGGCACCCUCCCUCCGCCAGCGCCACCCCGGGC